AUGUCUAAAGUGAGAAAGUGUCAACUUUCAAGUGGCAUUAGCUCGUUGCAGGAACUGAAGUUGCCUGUGUAUAAGGCUCACUCACCACAGAUUGGGAUGCGCCGAUACUUCAUUGAUCUCUUGACUGUCCUCAGCAACCGUUGCAAUCUCUGCCCUACAGCCCGGCAUCUCGCUAUCUAUUUAUUGGACCUCUUUAUGGAUCGCUAUGAUAUCACUGUCAAGCAACUGCACAUCAUUUCAUUUGCCUGUCUUCUCCUAGCAAGUAAAUUUGAAGAAAAAGAAGAUAAAGUUCCAAAGUUGGAGCACUUAAAUAACCUGGCAUACCUGUGCAAUGUGAAUGUGGUAUUGAACAAGAAAGAUUUGCUUAGAAUGGAAAUGCUGCUUUUGGAAAACUUCAACUGGAACCUCUGUCUACCAACGCCAGCACACUACAUUGACUACUACCUCUAUGUGUCCAUUGGCGAGAAUGACCUUCACAAUGGCUGGCCGAUCAUCUCGCUGACCAAAAUCAGAGAUUGUCUGGAGAAAUAUGUGUAUUAUUUCCUUGAUUUCUCAGUGCAAGAUCACACUUUCCUCUAUUUUCGUCCAUCUCUAAUUGCUGCAGCUUGUGUGUGUGCCUCACGGAUCUGUAUGCAGAUUUUUCCUGCCUGGACAACACAGCUUGAAUUGCUAACAUGUUAUUCCUGGGAACACCUUGCCCAAUGCAUUGAAAUGAUGCUCAUAUAUUAUGAGAAUGACAUCAAAGAAGCCAGUAACAUAAAAAAGCAAGUAAGAAUUCAACAUCCAGAACAGGAAGCAGUGGGAAACCUAAGUCAUCAAGCCACUACUCAAGUUCUCUUCCAGCAAUCUAGUUAUCACCCCUUAGCCCAGCAUUCAGCUACGCUUUCCCAGUUCCAGUCGCCGGUGCAAGACUUGUGCUCUGCGUAUCGCGACUCCUUGCAGGCCCCCAGGCCCAGCAGUCUGCUUGCUGGCAGUGCUGACAGCUCGCGGCACUCCUGCACGGCUCUUCAGGCCAGCCUUCGGCCAUCUGCCCAGGCUCUGCCCAUCCAAGUGCCCAUCGCUGUGCAGGUGGCACUAGGAACACAGCCCAGACACUGCAUUUCCACAGCUUAUGGCAGUAGUUACUUCAGUGGUCAUCACUCAUGUGCAGCUGGGUGUUUUGAUGGAUAA